AUGGCAAUACCUUUGCCUCCAAAGUUCAAGGUUCCUUCGAUAGAUCUAUAUGAUGGCUCCAAAGAUCCUGUGGAGCAUCUUGAAACUUUUAAAACUCAUAUGACGCUCCACGGAUUUUCAGGGGAAAUUGCAUGUAUGACUUUCCCUUUGACCUUAAAGGGAUCAGCAAGAGCUUGGUUUGGAGCAUUACAGUUGGGAUUCAUAGACAACUUCGAUGAACUAGGCCGGCAAUUCUUGACCCAAUUCAUGGCAAGUAGAAGGUGUAGGAGGUCAAUCGCGUAUUUGUUAACCGUGAAACAAAGAGAAGAUGAAAGUUUGAAGGCGUACUCGACACAUUUUAAUAACGAAAAUAUGACAGCCAAUGAUCAAGAUGAGAAGAUCAUGCUGGCGGCAUUACUCGGAGGUAUUUGGCCGAUGAGCCUUUUCAUGGCCGAAUUAGCUAGGAAGAUCCCUUUCACGUUACAAGAAUUCAUGGACAGGGCUGAUGACUUCGUUAAUGCUGAAAACACACUUAUCGCCCUAACUACCCGAUUUGAAAGAAAAAGCGAACGAGAAUUGAAAGGAAGUCAGAAGAAAGACCGAGAAGCAGGUCAGAAGGUGAGGAGGGACCAGCAAGAAAUGAGACGCGAUAAUAAUUUAAGAAGACAUUAUAGCGAUUACGUGCACUACUCCAGUGCGCAUAGCCAGGAUAAGGCAAAAGAGGAAGGGCAGGACGACAACAACGGACGACAAACCGAGAAGUAUUGUACCUAUCACAAAACAAGAGGGCAUAGAAUCGAGGAUUGCCAUAAUUUGAAGCAGAAAAUUGAAGAUAUGAAAGAUAACGACGAGUUGGAGCGCCUGGUCGCCCAGAAUGCUACCCCCGCAAGGCGAACAAACGACCAAAAACUCGAGCACAAAAAAGGGACAAGUGAGAGCCCUAGGCGACGGCAAUCACUAAAAGGAGGAAGGAGGCCACAGGAACCUCGUGUUUGA